AUGCCCGCGAGGAAGACCGCGACGACCGACGAUAGGGACAGAAGUCGAAGAGACCGAGGGCCUGGAGAUGACAGGGUUCGCGACCGUCCUCGCGACGAAGGCCGGUACGGGGACCGAGACCGGGGGCACGGCCGCGGACGCGAGCGAGAGGACGACAGAGAGCGCGACUCGCGACGUGCAUUAGUCCCUGGGCCCUCGCGUCGCUCUGCGUCGCCGCGGGCCCGGUCCCCCAAGCCUGAAUCGCGCUCAAAGUCCCCCUCUGUCCCCGCGGAAGACAAGACGAAACCUAACUUUGCGCCGUCCGGCCUUCUCGCUGCGGAGACGAAGACGGUGCAGCGUGCGGACGGGACGAACACCGUGCUCAAGUACCACGAGCCCCCGGAGGCGCGGAAACCCGUGGUGGGCUGGCGGCUGUACGUGUUCAAGGGGAAGGAGCAAGUCGAACUGCUGCAUAUACACAGGCAGAGUGCAUACUUAAUCGGGAGAGACCGCGCCGUCGUGGAUCUCGCCGUGGAGCACCCUUCGUGUUCGAAACAACAUGCCGUGAUACAAUAUCGGCAAGUUCGGGAAAAGAACGAGUUCGGCGACGUGAAGUCCGCUGUGAAGCCCUUCAUAAUCGACCUGGAGUCUACAAAUGGCACUAUUGUCAACGACGAGCGCAUCCCUACAUCGCGAUACUAUGAAUUGAUGCUCGGCGAUGUGAUCAAGUUUGGAGAAUCUGCCCGCGAAUAUGUGCUUCUCAGCGAAGACGCGGCAUGAGGCCUCCGAAGCGGGCGCGCUGAUCUUCUGUGGUCUGCCACGGGCCGCUGUGGCCGCUGUACGUCCGUGCUCACUGUAUCAUAAUAAUGCGACCUCGCAACUUC